AUGCAGCCCAUCACCAUCUACGGCAAACAAGGCCCCAACCCGCCCAAAGUCCGCAUUCUGUGCGAAGAACUCGGCCUCCCCUACACACUCAUCGACACGCUCUUCUCGGAGGUGAAAACCCCCGCCUACCUGGCCAUCAACCCCAACGGCCGCAUGCCCGCCAUCGUGGACCCAAACACCUCGCUCACGCUGUGGGAAUCCGGCGCCAUCAUGCAGUACCUGAUCGACACGUACGACGUCGCGGGGCGCCUCAGCUUCGCCCCGGGCUCCAACGACGCGCACCUCGCCCGCCAGUGGCUGCACUUCCAGAACUCCGGCCAGGGCCCGUACUACGGGCAGGCCGUGUGGUUCACAAAGUACCACCCCGAGGUCGUCGAGUCGGCGCGCGCCCGGUACUGUCGCGAGAUUGAGCGCGUCACGGGGGUGCUGGACGGGCAUCUGCGGGCGCAGGAGGCAGGGGAGGACGGGGGGAAGUGGCUGGUGGGGGGCAAGUGUUCGUACGCGGAUUUGGCGUUUUUGCCGUGGCAGGUGUGGGCGGGCAAGGUGCUGGGGGACACGACGGAUUUGAGUGAGUUCACGGAAGUGGCGGCGUGGGUGGAGCGGAUGGGGGCGCGGGAGAAGGUGGCUAUUGCGUUUCCGGAGGCAAGCAGUGCGGCGAAGGAUGCGUAG